AUGGCACCCACAAACGAUAUCGCCUUGGUUUCCCAGUCCCCAAAGGCCGAGGAAACGUUUCCGGAGAAAGUCGAAGAGCAGGUCGUUGCUGAAGAACUCGAGAACACGAGCAAAUCGCGCUGGGAACGAAGUUGGCCCACUAUCGCAUGCGGUGCAGGUCUUUUCUCUGAUGGUUACCUGAACAACGCAAGUAGCUCGUUCCCAACGCGCUUCAUGCCGGAGUGGCCCAUUAUUGGAUCCGUGAACACCGUUCUUCGAACACUUUAUCCGGAGGCUUAUGCGAGCUCCGCCGCGGUCAAAAAUGUCCCAUCAAUCGCAUUUGCGGGCACAGUCGUCGGCCAGCUCAUCUUUGGUUACCUAAGUGAUCAUUACUCGCGAAAAUGGUCUUUGAUGGCCUCUACGGUCCUGCUGGUCAUCUUCGCUGCGCUCUGCGCUGGCUCCUAUGGCGCUGGCGGUAGCCUGUCGGGAUUAUUUGCAGCCUUAACAGCAUACCGAUUUUUCCUUGGUGUAGGGAUCGGCGGAGAGUAUCCCGCCGGAAGUGUUGCAGCCGCAGAGAGCACCGGCGAGCUCAAAAAGGGCCACCGGAAUCGAUGGUUUAUCAUGUUUACAAACUUCCAGAUCGACUUUGGAUUCGUCGUGUCAUCCUUUAUACCUAUGCUCCUCGUCCUGAUCUUCACCGAAAAUCAUCUCCGGGCAGCAUGGCGCGUGAUGUUAGGCUUGGGGGUCCUUCCGCCGUUAAGCUUAUUUUAUUUGCGGUUAAAGCUGAAAGAGCCAGAGGAGUUCAACCGGGAAAGAAUGCAUAAAUAUCCGAUUUGGUUGAUUAUCAAAUUCUACUGGUGGAGAUUGUUCAUUGUCUCGUUGAUCUGGUUUAUUUACGAUUUUUCGGCCUACGCGUUUGGGAUAUACUCCUCUGUCUGGCUGAAAAUAGUUCUUGAUGACAAUGCUCCGCUGUGGAAAACGUUUGGGUGGAACACGGUUGUCACACUAUUCUACAUUCCUGGCUCAGCGUUGGGAGCAUGGGUAAGCGACUGGAUUGGCCCGCGGUACUGUUUGACCCUGGGAGUUGCUGUCCAAGGUAUCAUCGGAUUCAUCAUGGCUGGGUGCUACCAAUGGCUUGCGACUGCUAAGAAUGUGGCCGCGUUUGUGGUUGUUUAUGGGCUUUUUCUGUCAUUUGGGGAGCUUGGCCCUGGGGACAACAUCGGUUUGGUAGCUUCAAAAACCAGUGCAACAGCGAUUCGAGGCCAAUAUUAUGGGAUUGCUGCUGCCUUGGGCAAAGUCGGGGCAUUCGUGGGAACUUAUGUCUUUCCAAUCAUUCAAAACAACGCUCCCAACGAAAUUCGGGCUGGUCAAGAUCCGUUCUUCGUUUCCAGCGCGCUUUGCUUGUUCAGUGCAGUUCUGGCUGCGUUUUUGCUUCCCCAUAUUGGACAGGACACGAUAACAUAUGAAGAUGUUCGGUUUCGCAAGUAUCUUGAAGAAAAUGGAUAUGAUACAAGCACGCUGGGUAACAAAAAUGGCGACCAAAGCGGCGUCCAACGAAGUUGA